AUGUCUUUCCUCCAAAACCUUGCGGCCGCAAUCAAGGCCAAUGUUGACCUUCUGGAAGCACAGCUAGCCAAUGACGGAGCAUCGAACGAACCGCUGUUCCUGAACGAUUCCCGCGCGAGCUUCCUGGAUGAGCCCAUCUACCUCCCGCCAGUUGCGGCAUUCAAUACUAUGGAGGAGCUGAGAGUAGACCUGCGUGCACUCGAGAGCGCCAUCACACCGACCAGACUCAAGCUGGCCGACGUAGCAAUGCUGACCGUCAAGACGAGCGCCCUCGAGGUGGCAUCGGAGCUGGGCGUGGCAGAUUUCAUCGACGCUGCCGGCGGGUCUGGCGCCCUGGACACAUUGGCGAGCGGCUUAUCUGUAAACGAAAACAAGCUGAGUUAA